CAUGAUGAAAGAGAAAAGAUAUUUUCAUUUGGCAUUCUGUAUUACUGGAACAUUUCAGAGGGCGACGUCCGACUCGUUGACGGUUCAAACGCGUACGAAGGGCGAGUCGAAGUCUUCUCUGGAGGACGAUGGGGUACUGUCUGUGGUCGUCUGUUCGAUGAAGCGGAAGGACGGGUCGUGUGCCACCAACUCGGCCUCGGGAGCGUGGCGUUGAGUUGGAAACCCGUUUCUGUCAUGUACGAUGCGUAUUUUGGCGGGAAUGCUAAUCUACCUAUAAAUCUUGCUGAUGCGAGAUGUGUCGGUGUAGAGGAUCGUCUGACUGUUUGCGAUGGUACAUGGGGAGACGAUGUAGAAGAAUGCGAUCAUUCACAAGAUGUCGGGAUCAUAUGCUCGUAUGGAAAUGAAACGGAAGGAGAUAUCCGAUUAAUCGGAGCUGGUGUUGGUAUCGAAUCAGAAGGUCGAGUUCAAAUAUUACGUCACAAUGAGUGGGGUACUAUCUGUCAUUACUCAUGGGAUCUGAAAGAUGCCGAUGUUGCUUGUCGCCAGUUGGGCUUCGAGAUGGCCAUCCUAGCGACCAGGAACUCCCUGUAUGGAGGUGGAAACCUUGGACAGACGGUGAUGUUGAGUAAUGUAAGAUGUAAUGGAACAGAAGAACAUCUUCUUGAUUGUGAGAAUGAUGGAUGGGGUGUCGAAGACUGUGAACUUCAUCAGGAAGACGCAGGCAUCGUAUGUGAAAGUGAGGUUUUUGAAGGCACAAUGCGACUUUCCGGGGAAGUUAUCACCCAGGAAGGGUAUCACCAAGGUUUACUCGAGAUUUACCACGGAGGUAGUUGGGGUACCGUCUGCAUGGACGAGUCCUUUUUGAACACCGAAGCCGUGGUCGCUUGCCGCCAUCUUGGUUUCAAUAGGGUUGCACGAUUCGGGUUCACCCCCACCUCUGGAUCGGGCGUCAUUAAAUUGGAUCAAGUGAGCUGUUAUGGAUACGAGCUGACACUUGGUAACUGUCGCCAUGGUGUCUGGGGUAACCCUUCACCAUCGUGUACCUCUGAUACGAAUGUCCAGACAAAUGUACUGUUGACUUGUUUUAAUGAACCAGCCACACAUGGUGACGUUCGCCUUGUUGAUGGGUUUACUGUCUCGCAGGGACGUGCUGAAUAUUACGACGAAUAUGAAGAACAUUGGUCAACCAUCUGCAGCUCAACGAGCAUGAAGAGCGAUAUGGAGAUCGCGAACGUCGUGUGUCGACAACUCGGCUACCUGGCCGCCAGCGAAUCGUUCGGACGGUCAUACUUUGGCCCUGGUUCGACUGAUCAGCCCAUUGACGUUGUGCGUUGUAAUGGUUUCGAGGCGGCUUUUAAAGAUUGUGAACACGACCUCCAGAGCGGAGACUGUGAAGGGCAUGAAAAUGAUAUUGGUGUUGUCUGCACUGAUCAAGUUUACGAAGGGAUCGUCCGUCUAGUGGAUGGGUCGGACUACACCAAGGGUCGACUUGAGAUCUACCACGGCGAUCGAUGGGGUACAAUCUGCAACACUAGCUGGACUGGGGACGAUGCUGCGGUUGCUUGCAGGGAAAUGGGAUUGGGAAAUGUCAAGUAUGCUUAUGAGAAUUAUGGACCAGGCAAUGGACCGGUACAUCUAGAUGACGUAGGAUGUCGGGGUACCGAAGUAAACCUGACGAACUGCCAGAAGAGCGAUUGGGGAGUGAGCGAAUGUGGACACGACCAGGAUGUCGGUCUAUCUUGUUUUCUUUUUAAAGAGCCAGAAACGGCUGAAGUUCGCCUAACGGGUGGUUCGAGUUACAAAGAGGGGAGAUUAGAGUUUUACAGUCGUGAAGAUACUUGGUACAGCGUCUGCAAAGACGAGUCCUGGGGUCCAGCCGAGGCGCAGGUUGUCUGUAAUGUACUUGAACUCGAACUCGAAUCCGGAGACGUGGAUUUCGGACCCGCCCUUUAUCCGGGAAUGAUAAGCAACGUUGAUUGUACAGGAACAGAGAGUGAUUUUGAUUUCUGCUAUUAUUACAUCGAGAAUAAUGAUUGUGGAGCAGAAAAUACGGUUGGAAUCGUAUGCAAAGAUGUACCAGUUCCUCCAUCGGAAGGGGAUGUACGGCUACGAGAUGGGGAAACCUUCGAUGAGGGUAAACUUGAGAUAUACCACAAUGGCGUGUGGGGGUACAUCUGCAGGACCAACUGGAAAAAAAGUGAAGCUAAAGUUGCAUGCCGACAACUGGGCUAUGAUCAUGUCAGUAAAGUCAACAUCUAUACGAACUAUAUUUCUAGGCCUGUUCAUCUGGAUCAGGUAGAAUGUGUCGGUUACGAGGAAAGGUUGACUGAUUGUUACUAUACACCUUGGGGUGAUGUCAGCUGUUCUCCGUCGUAUGGAGUUGGAAUUGCCUGCUCAGAAGAUCCAGUACAAGAUCCUAUUGAGGGAUGGGCCAUCGCUCUCAUUGUAAUCGUCUCUUUCCUGGUAUUUGGCUUCGGAGCAAGCUCUAUUGGAUAUAUCCUAUACAAGAAAAGGGCUAUUACUGUUAACAGCGUUUCACAAAGUUAUUCAGGGCAAUAGGAAAUAAAGAAAAUAAUAGCCAUGGUAAAGGAGACAGAGGUGUUCCCUCCUGUGUUCAAGAUCGUCUGCGAAGCAUCGACUCCUUUUAAAACGUAUGUUAUUUACUUCUGAAAUAACCACAAUAUAUUGUGAAAGAGUAAUAUCAACUUCAAUUUCCAUCCAUCACAGCAAAUGGAAUUAUAUUGUUGAAUAUUAUUGUUUUCUUCUUUUCUGUACUUUACUUUUAUCAUGACCUUUUUCGUACUGUACAUUUCUAUGGGAAAAAAAUGAACAUGAUUAUAUUAUGAAUACUAAUGUAUUUUGUAUGUAUUGAAUGGUUUCUAUAGAA